UCGAAGGGAUAAGUAGUAUAUGUUACAUUAAAAUAAUAAAAAGAAGCUUUAGGCGGGAAAUUUUAGCGCAAAAAAUUGUAAAGCGGCUGAGGUCUCCGCAGUCGGCCAUUCACCGCCUCUACUUGUCUCAGUGACUCAGUUGACAGACAUGGACUACGAUUCAGACUCCGACGGAUCACAUAUAUCAGCCACUCCUCCACGAGACCCACUCCCGCGGCGGCCACCGCAACCGCCUCCAAAACCUCCUACCUCCUACAAAUCUACCGCAAGUACCAAACGCUCCUCUCAUUUGGAUAUCAUUUUCAAACUCAAAAAGCCAUCUUCGUCGAAACACGAUAAAAUCGAACCCGUACCUGAACCUGAACCCAUUCAACAACCGGACCUCCCUUCUCCAGUCGGUAAUUUUCCCUUCCAGAUUCGCCGUCCGUCGGAUCAACCCCAUCCAAUCUCCAUUGGCCGUUCCCUUGAAACCCUCCCCGCCGGUUUCUUCUCCACGCGUCGCGCCUCCUUCUCCAAAAUUUGUAAACCUUCCCUCAAUUUCGAACCGGAAACCUCACCAGAAAUAACCGCCGAACCUAAAAUUAAUGGCUCUGACGGCCUGGGUUCUACCAAAACUUGUAACAAGAAGCUUCCUAAUUUGAUCAGAGGAGAUGCCCCUUUACCCCCAGUUAAAUUACAAAAGCGCAGCGAAGAAGGUAACUUCGUGAGGCUCAAUUUCAAUGGCUAUAAACGCAAGUUCACAGCCAAAGGUAAAAAGAUGAAUAGUUACUCUUACAAAUCAAAGUACUUCAAAAGAAGCAAGAGAAGAGUCAAAUCCGAAGUCGAUACGGGAAGCCUUUGCGACGAAGAAGGUUUAGUGUCGGAAAUCAAGUUGCAGUCGAAAGCAGAGAAACCGAGUAGAUGCGAGUCAGUUGAAGCGGCGAUUUCGGCGGUUCGAAGCGCGGUGUCGGAUGAGAACCUGGUGAGGUUGUUGAAAGCUAUUUAUGGCUACGAUUUAUUCCGUGAUGGACAGUUGGAAGCGAUCAAGAUGAUUCUUGCUGGCAAAUCAACGAUGCUAGUUUUGCCAACAGGAGCUGGGAAGUCUCUUUGCUAUCAGAUUCCGGCAGUGGUUUUUCCGGGGAUUACGUUGGUGGUGAGUCCAUUGGUGGCUUUGAUGAUUGAUCAAUUGAAACAGUUGCCCCCUAUGAUUCAAGGCGGUCUCUUGUCUAGCAGUCAGGGACCUGAAGAGGCUGCUGAGACACUGAGGAUGGUCCAAGAAGGGAGCAUAAAAGUGCUCUUUGUUUCACCAGAAAGGUUUUUGAAUGCAGACUUUUUGUCAAUAUUUUCUACUCCUAACUCUACUCCUAACUUUGUAUCACUUGUAGUGGUUGAUGAAGCUCACUGUGUAUCUGAAUGGUCGCAUAAUUUCCGCCCAUACAUGCGGCUUGGGGCAUCUUUACGUGCCAAACUCAAUGUUGAAUGCAUUCUUGCAAUGACUGCAACUGCCACAACCACAACUUUGCAGUCUAUCAUGUCAGCUCUAGAGAUUUCUUCAACAAAUCUCAUUCAAAAGGCACAAGUUAGGGAUAAUCUAUGGUUAUCAGUGUCUUUGAGCAGCAAUAGAAUGAAGGAUAUGCUAAAGUUGAUGAAGUCCUCUCCUUUUUUGGAAGCUCAAAGCAUUAUUGUUUACUGCAAAUUUCAGUCUGAAACUGAUGUGAUAAGCAGGUACUUAUGUGAUAACAAUAUCUCUGCAAAGAGUUACCAUAGUGGUAUGCUGGCAAGGGAUCGUAGCAUACAGGAGCUAUUUUGUGCCAACAAGAUUAGAGUGGUUGUUGCAACUGUGGCAUUUGGCAUGGGGCUUGACAAGAGGGAUGUUGGCGCU